AUGGCACUCAGAUCGAUGUUGACGCAGUACUGGCCUCCUGCACCAACCUUCACCGAAAAGGAUGUCGACUCCCAGGCCAGUCGUGUCUUUAUUGUUACUGGCGGUAAUCAGGGCGUUGGACUCGAGCUUAUCAAGAUGCUCUACCCAACCGGUGCAGUGAUUUACAUGGCGAGCCGUUCCAGAUCCCGCACUGAAGAAGCUAUCCAGAGAGUUAUCGCGACUGACCCAUCUGGUGCCGCGCGUCUCAAGUUCCUUCAUCUUGAUCUCGAUGAUUUGGAUAUCGUCCGCAGCGCUGCCAAGACGUUUUCCGAGCAGGAGUCACGCCUGGACGUUCUGUGGAACAAUGCCGCUAUAGGUGCUGUGCCGGUCGGUUCCAAGACAAAGCAGGGCAUUGAGGCACACAUGGGAGUUAAUGUAAUCGCGCCACUUCUCCUGACUCAACUUCUUUUCCCUAGGCUGCAAGCAGCCGCUGCGAUUUCCUCCAAGAAUUCCGUGCGCGUUAUUUGGUCUAGCUCCUGGUUGAUGGAAAGCAAAGCUCCUGCGGGUGGCUACAAGCUAGAGGACAUCGAGAAAGGGGGGACCAAUGAUUCACACGUCAACUACGCAACUUCCAAGGCAGCCAACUGGAUAUUGGCCGACGAGACGGCAAAGCGCUAUGGCAAGCAUGGCAUUCUCAGCGUAGUCCAAAACCCUGGGAAUCUGGAUACGCGCAUCUAUGACACCCAGCCGAGAUUAAUGAUGUUCUUUGUCCGAAACCUCAUCCUUUAUCCGCCCAAGUUGGGAGGCUAUACUGAACUAUAUGCCGGCUUGAGCCCAGACAUUACGGAUAAAACCCCAGGUGCGCUUAUCAUUCCGUGGGGGAGAAUCCAGGCACAGAAUCCGAGGGAGGAUAUUUAUGACGCAAUUAAGAAUGGGAAAGGGAAAGAGCUGUGGGAUUGGUGCGAGAAACAGAUUAAGGAACAUGAGUAG